GGACAAUCCUCAUCAGUACCAGCGGAGCCCCCGGAGCUUCCCACAGACCGGCCUUUCAUCCCGACAAAGCGAGCCGCAGCCUCCAGCCUCCGUCCUGCCCGACAUGAAACAGGCUCUGGCCGAACUGAUGAGGAUGAGCAGGAUAUGCCGGAUGGUAUUUGCCACUUGUUUGGGAUCCUUUAUUCUGGUCAUCUUUUAUUUCCAAAGUAUGUUCCAACCAGUCAUGCGGAGGAACCCCUUUGUGGUGGAUGGCUGCUGUAGGAAAGGGUCCCGCAAUGCCCUGCAGGAGCUCUACAACCCCACACAGCCGGAGUUGUCAGGAGCUGCUGUCCUCCACCAGGCCAGGAGGGAUCAGGUAGUGGACGCCUGUCGAGUUUACAGUGCGUCCAGUCGUAAGCGGAGAGUCCUGACACCUGGCGACCUCAAACACCUAGUGGUGGACGAGGACCACGAGCUUAUCUACUGCUAUGUCCCCAAGGUGGCCUGUACCAACUGGAAGCGCGUUAUGAUGGUUCUCACAGGCCGGGGCAAAUACAGUGACCCAAUGGAAAUCCCUUCCAAUGAAGCUCAUGUUCCCUCCAACCUGAAGACGCUGAAUCAGUACAGCAUUGCUGAGAUCAACCACCGCCUCAAGAACUACCUCAAAUUCCUCUUCGUUCGUGAGCCCUUUGAGAGGCUGGUCUCUGCGUAUCGCAACAAGUUCACCCUCAAGUACAAUUCAUCUUUCCACAAGCGCUUUGGGACCCGCAUCGUCCGACGCUACCGCAAGAACGCCACGCAGGAAGCCCUGCUCAACGGGGCUGACGUCAAAUUCAAGGAAUUUGCCGAGUACCUGGUGGAUCCGGCCACACAGCGCGACGGCCCUCUCAACGAGCACUGGCAGACCGUCUACCAGCUGUGUCACCCGUGUCACAUCCAUUACGACAUGGUGGGCAAGUACGAGACGCUGGAGGAAGAUGCAAACUACGUCUUACGUCUGGUGGGUGUUGGCGAGUCUCUGCGCUUCCCGAGCUACGCCAAGUCCACUCGCACAACAGACGCCAUGACGGCUCAGUUCUUCAGCAAUAUCAGCACUCAGCAGCAGAUCCAGCUCUACCAGCUUUACAAGUUGGACUUCCUCAUGUUCAACUAUUCCAUACCCAGCUACCUGCGGCUGGACUAAUGGAGGUCAGAGCUGGGACUCUGAGAGUGGCUACCAACAAUAAGAGCGAAGGGCAGAAUUUUUUUGGAAGCAAACUUGAUUUAUUAAACUGUCGUACCUUACAGGUUUGAAAUUGGUAUGUAAACAGGUGCUGAAAGGUGGAGGUGAUGCGUGUUUGUGUGGUGUAAGUCUGAAGAUCUUCAAUCAGCAGAUACAGAGGGCACUGAUUGGAUGAGAAUGUGGGCUGAAUGGACCAAACGCAUGCAAAGAGAGAAAUGUGUGGGUGAAGCAGGUCUUCAAGGUGUUUAAAAAGGGGAGCUUAUCCUCAGAGGAUGGACUUGAAGAGGGAUUCUCCUGAUGAUGUUCGCUACAUGUUUAAACAAAGUGCAGACAAAUUAGGCUGCUUCAGAUUCUGCAAAGCAAACAGCGGCCUCGCACGCGCCCUGACCCCAAUGCAUCGUGGGAACUAAGCUUAUCUCCCCCUCCCCCUGAUCAAUAGAGAAACUCCGUCAAAUUGUAAAACACAGUUCAUGUCCUUCUGCGCUGUCAGCGUGGUGAGUUAGUGCCCAUUACCCUUGCCCUCAUUAGAUUCAUACAUUUCAGAGGGAAAUUGGCUCAUCACCACCUCAAGGAUGCCCUGUAAUUGAUGGCUACUGAUUUCACUCUCAAGACCUCUACAGCUGUACCUGGUGGUGUAGCCUUCAGCCAAAAGUUCGAACAAAACAAAUCGGGACUGCUUUCUGUCAAUACGGUGUUGGCAGAAGAGACUCCUUCCCUGAGGACUCGGUGACAUCAGAGACUCCUGCUGCUGCUGUGAAGUAUGGAAGUGCUUUUUAAACCAUCGCCUGUAACACCCAGCAUCCCUAACAUUCUGAACUACAGGACGAGGUUAGAAAGGUAUGGGAGCGCUCCUGAGGACGGGCUCACCAGCUGUGAGCCACAAGUCUGCCGAAAGAAAAGAGACGCCUGUGUGGUUGUGAGGAGGGUUAAAGGCACUGGAUCUCAUAGCCACCGAGUCCCACACAGGGGCUCCGUGGACACACCCAGGGCCCACAAGGCCUGCUCCAACAACCAAACAUGUCUUUUAGUAAAUUAAGAUUAUCCUUUUGUCUUCAUGCUUAUUCUUAUUUUUAUUGUCUUAUGAAUCAUUGCUGCGAGCAGCAAUAACAAAAUAAUAUUUAAUUUGCUUUGUUGGUUAAUCUAAGAGAAAAAAAUUUAAUAUUUGUUUUCCUGAGCUGAUGAACAUUUUAGGACAUUUUUAAACUUGGACUGUUGUUACGAGUUUUGUUUCUUCAUGCUGGUUUCUUUUUUCACAGUUUGCCUCUGAUACAUUAUCAGUGCAUCGCAGCAUUUCCAUGUCUUAAGGAUGUAUGGUACACUUCAUCCCGUGGCUUUGUCCUUCUGUGCCUGACAUCAUCACACAUUUAUGGGUUAGUUUGCAUUUACUGUUCUCAAAGAUUGCUGCCAAAAUGGUUGAGAGCCUCAGAGAGCCACAGUCGGUGUUCAGUGCACAUUACUGCCAUUAGGCAAAUUCAUGAGAAGAUCCCCCCUCAGUCUCCACCUCACACAUACAGCCACAACCUGAGAGCUGCUUCUCUCAGUGUACAUAUCAGCAACUGACUGCCUCAUCACAGAGCCAGACUGUAACCCAUGCUGUACUGGGAUUAAUGUUGGCAAUGUCAAGGUUAAUAACUGCACUCCUCGUACACACAGUAUAGUCGAAACCUCUCCAGCUUCAGAGUAAGUAAAACAGACAUUUCUUGUAAAAUCUGCAUCUCUUUGUUGCACGUGACGGAACUAGAAAUAUCUCCAGCAUUAGUGCGUAACUGUACCUCUCUGACUGUCCGUUACACUGAGAGGAACAAAGCCCCAGUCUGAAAGGAAAACUGAAGUGCUUUAUUUCCGUAGCUCUGUGGGUAGUGAUAACAUUGAACUCACCAGACUCAGUGUAGAGAAUCUGGAUUGCCAAAUGGUAAAGUCCUGGAUCCCACAAGGCCCAGACUCUGUGUGGGACGAAUGGCUAGUGGUGAUUUGAUUAACUUUGCCUGGAGAUAUGGGAAUAUGCAUCACUACAGAACAUUAUCAGGUGAGGUAAUUGGAAUGUAUGUGUGGCACCAUCAAGCACAGUAUCAUCUGUGUCCUACUCAACCUAAAUCAUGCUCAGUGUCAGCUGGAAUUAGCUCCAACCUUCUGAAGGACUCUAAAAAUGAGAUGUUAGGUGUAGCUAAUGAGUGAUUGGUUGGAUGGAUUGGUGAGGGCUUUAAAGGUGGAAUAAGCAAGUUUAAUCUAAUACAGCUUAUGUCAAAUCCAGUGAAUAUCUCCUCGUAGUCUGCUAGCUAUUUGUCCUGUGUGUGUGCUAGACAAAAUUUAGUGUUUGUUCGCAGUCCUGGAUCUGUAAAUGUGAAACAAAUAGCACUAUAGCAGUGUGCACAGUACAUGGGGUAAGAGAGGAGGCGACAAGGUGGGGAAAGAGGCACGCCACCUCUAAGGUGUGUCUUGAUUUACUACCCGAUCUUAAAGCCCUGAUAAAGAUUUUUAGAAAAUGCACAAAGAAACACGACUCUCUGAAUAACAGAGGAGGGAUGAAAUGACAUGCAAUAUGCAGUACAGGUACAAUAUGAAGACCCACAAUUACAAUAUUCUGUCAUUUAAGUACACAGUUAAUAUUGUUCAGACAUACACUACUGUUCAAAAGUUUUGGGUCACUUAGAAAUGUUCUUAUUUUUGAAAUACAAGCAGUAAAUGUGCUAAAUGACUAUUGUAGCUGGAAACGGCUGAUUUUUAAUGGAAUAUCUCCAUAGGGGUACAGAGGAACAUUUCCAGCAACCAUCACUCCUGUGUUCUAAUGCUACAUUGUGUUAGCUAAUGGUGCUGAAAGGCUCAUUGAUGAUUAGAAAACCCUUGUUCAGUUAUGUUAGCACAUGGAUAAAAGUGUUUUCAUGGAGAACAUGAACUGUCUGGAUGACCCCAGACUUUUGAACAGCAGUGUAAAUGUAAAGUGUAGUAAAUCAAAGAGAAUACAGUAUAAAAACAUCUAGGUUGAAGACUUUCUUUUUUCAGCUGAUACUGUGCUAAUGUGCUGCAUAUUCCUUUAUUAGUUUUUGUCCAGUCAAAUUACCACACAGUACGUCUGUAUAGGUGCGUUAUACAAAAUGCUUUAAAGGUAUUCCAUUCAGGUUAUUUCAAAAAAGAGAUCGGCCAUUCUACAGAUUUAACACAUCAAGCUCACUUUCCUCAUCACUGUUUGUGUCGCUCAAAAUGUGAAGAGUUACAUGGUCUUGUAUGUCAUAGAAGGAGCUCUGCACUCCUGAAGAUGUUACUGGAAAGUCAUCAGCAUUAUGUGGUUCCAGUGAUGGUGUCAUGGUGAAUGACAUGUUGUAUUUACCAGACUAAAGCUAAAACAGUGUUAUAGGGCUGCACUGGGGGCAGUAGGACUUAGUGUCUGCUAUUGCUGACUUAGACUACAGGUCAGGAUAUCUUAGCCUUGGCUGCUUUCAUCGUUUUUAAAUGUCCCCCAGGUUUUGGAAGUGCAAUAUGAAAUAUCUGCAGUAUCACCUGUCAAGUCAGUUGUAAAUAAACUGUGCAACUUGAAAUGUUUCUGAUAGAUAGUUUACUUUGAUAUUUUAAUUCUGGACUGAUGUUUGGUUGGCUAGUGCUGCAAUUCCAAGUUUGCUUUUCUUGUGGUGAUGCCUUGUCUGUAAAAUGAAGCUGGUGAGUGAAAUGUCAGCAAAACUAGUGGUCUAAUGACCUCAGAUUAUGAAGAGACAUAUAUUUCCUUCAGGGACAAAUUCUGGUGGGUGUUUUAGCUGCAAACCUCUUCUUUUAGCUUUUGAAGUAUUAUUACUGUACAUAUGUGCACAUGCCUGUGUGUGGGGUUAUAAUGAGAGAACAGCCUUAUUUUUCCUUUUUUUUUUUUUUGCCCCCGCACAGACAUCUGGCACUAAUAAAGGAGAAGCUACCAACCUGGCCUGUAGCCCUGGCCCUGGUCCUCAUGCAGAAACAAUGGUUUUGUUCUCAGCACGGCCUCAAAAAUACAACACAUGCAUAUUAGCACUAAUGCCAUGAAGCAUCUUACUCAGCAGCUGCAGAACUGGACACGGGCAGGAACACCUCUCCACUUUAGCUCAGUGUCUGAGGCUGAGCUUAAACUGUUCAUUUAGCCUCCAGAAUGGAAGAGCAACGAUACACAAAGGACCUCUUAGCCCGCAAACAAGCCAUUACAGAGAUCUCUCCUUCUCCUCGCACCAUUUUCUCCUUUCCCACCUCGCUCCUAAAGUGGCCUCCUGUAUUAAGAAAACACAAGCAAGUCAAAGUCGAUGAUCCCUUCUGUCGUUGAAGGGAAAGGGCAGCCAGCUCAAACAAACAGAGCUGCUAAAAAAAUGCCCACAGGGAAUCAGACAAGCAGUGAGAGGCCUCAGCAGACUCUGCCCAGGAUAAAACCCAGCAGCCUCACUUGGAGUGUUUUUGUCCCUAUUCUUAACUCCACAGUCUGCAGGAGAUGUGUUCACUGGCCAGCCGUCUGACUGUGUAGGAGGCUUUAUAUUCAAGUCAAGCCGAUGGGUAUGUUUACGCUGUUUUUGAACGACGUCUAGUAUUAGACUGAACUACAUAUUUGCUUUCUUUUGCUGAAAGGAACACAGGAAGUCUUCUAAACAUAUCUUACGAUGUUUUCCCCUCAAAGAGGAUUGGAUGAUGAAAUGUGUGUUUAUUUUGUUACUGAUGCACAGAUUAAUACAUUUUGUAAAUACAGUAAAGAAUAAUGUCACAGGCAGGGAAACACCAUUUAAAGUGAUGGUUAGGUAUUCACAGCAUUUGGGUUCCUGCUGAGAAAUAGAUUAGAAGAUUGAUUCUACUCAUAUGUUUCCAUCUCUACUCCGUCAAGAACGCAGCGAAGUUAUGUGACGAUCGGCGUUGGUUUGUCUGUUUGUCUGUCUGUUAGCAAAAUUACUUAAAAACGGAUUAAUGGAUUUGGAUGAAAUUUUCAGGGAAGCUCAGAAAUGACACAAGGACCAAGUGGUUAGAUUUUGGCAGUGAUGCUGGUACGACUGAGCAGCCUUGGUGUAGUACUGCGCUCUCUGAGGGCUUUUCUUGUUUAUAUAUGGAGCUACAGCUAUUAGCCAGUUAGCUUAGCUUAGCAUAAAGACAGGAACCGGGAUCAAAUGAAGAAACCAGAUGCAGGAUAAGUUGAAAAUUCAGACCAGCAAAGUAACAAAAUACAAGAAAAGCAAAAUGACAGACAAGAGCAAAUAUGUCAGAAUGUGGAAAUCGUCAGAUAAAAAAAUGUUUUAUAUGAAAAUAAACCAAAAUCAAAUACAAUCAAUCGAAUACUAGACUAAAAAGGUAGGUUUUGGGUUUGGUUUUAAAAAUAUGAACAAUCUCAGCUGCCCUCUGGUCUUCAGGAAAUGCGUUCCAGACAUGUGACCCAUAAUAACAAAAAGUUGCCUGGUUGUGGGUUUUUGUUUUGCAUUUGGAUAUAAUUUCAAGGUCGCUACUAAAGACCUGAGGGUUCUAAAGCGUUCAUAGUAAAUUCAGUGAAUACAUAGAGCCAAGACCAUUAAGAGCUUUAGAAACCAAUAAAAGGAUCUUAAAAUAAAUUUUAAAGCAGACCAACAACCAAUGCAGAGACUAAAAUUGGUGUAUUGUGCUCUCUACUUCUGGUCUUAGUCAACAUAUACGCAGCUGAGUGCAGCUACUCAUAGAAGUGGACUUCCCUCCUAACCCUAAUGGAAUUUAAUUGUAAUAUUAACAUUUAAAACAACGUAACAUUCUUCCAUGUAAGUCCUCAUGCUGCUGUUCUACAGGACAGUCAUGCCUGUAUGAGCAAUGAUAACAGUAAGUAAGUUUAGUGACUAUUUGGUCUACAGAGAUAUAUCUUGCAGAAAUAAACAACCUUGGCGGAGUACUGCGCUCUCGGAGUAUUUUUCUUGUUAACAAGAGUGGUACAAGUUGAGCAUCAAUCUUCUUACCUAACUCUCAGCAAGACAGCAAAGAAGUGUGUUCCUUAAAUGUAAAUGUACAUCUUUAUAUCAGAUGAAUUCUACAGAAAAUGCUUUCUGUAGCUCCAGGGGUUUUAUUUUUCUUCAUUUUUAGCAUCAGCCACGCAACAUUCAAUAAACAUAUUUAAAAUCUUAUUUUCAUAUCAUCAGCACAGAGGGACAAAGCCAGGACCAUUUUUUAUACUUCUUCUCUGCCUGUUACAUGUGGGACAUAUCUACAGUGGCAGUGCAGGAUGUUUUUGUACAGUGUAGACAUGAUGUCAUUCAUUCUGUUGUUCUUUGAGCUGUAUGUUUGGAUGUGAUAUCGAUUCGUUGCUUUCGGUAGCCUCACACACACACAGACACACACUGCCAUUGUGUGGCACUCUUGUUUCUCUGUGCCUUUCACUCCCAGCAGCACAGAGACACUGGAAAGACUCAGAGCAGCUUCUGUCUGUGGUCACCUCAGGCAUCAGGACGGUGACUCACAACUCAGAUGCAAUCAGAAAACGACUGGAACCACUCAGACCUGAAACCGAUUCUACACUCCAUUUAAUGUUUGUUUCAUAUGGAGGAAAUGAUUACAAAAUUGAUUUUCUUUCAUUUAAUGUCUAAUUUAGGAAUGCUAAAUUACCAUAGUACAGCAAUGAGUUUGCUAGUUUCAGCUCACAGAUACAGAAGUUAAAUUAGUGGGUCCGGUUGAUGAUUAGCCAGAUUUGUUCAUAGCACAAAAGAGAUUGAAAAAGGUUUCAUUUUCACAGCCUUUAUUCCAGCUGAAAAAUUCAUACUUUCUGUUAUUUGGUUUGCUAUCUUUGUCCGCUUGACAAACUUUCGACAGUACAGAGCAAAGCAGCCACUUUGCAACGGUAACACCUAGAAGGCCGUGUGUUUUACUUGAAGAGCACUCUAUUCACGCUCCUAAAAUUCAGUUUUCACAGGACAGAGUCCCACAGUACUUAAACACUCAUGUAUCCACACACAGUUCAGCUUCUGCAGAGGCCCGUGUGACUGCAGCCAGACGAUUAACAAGCUGAGAAAAGCUCCGACUCCCUGCUGUCUCCUGGGCCCUCAGGUCAUGUUCACACUAAUGCGGCUGAAUGUUCUCAAACACGGAUAAGAACAGUCCCAUGUUUGAGGGGAGAAUGCUUUAGUGUAAUUGUCAUGUGACCCACCUUUGACACCCUUGACUCACACUGCUCUUAACUCCGUACACCAUAGGAAAAACUUUGUAAAAAACUGUCAAAAGUCUCAUUGUGCAGAUCAAAAAUGAGUUUACUUUUAGAGGAAAUUUCGGCUGAUUAAAACAUGGAUCACAUCUUCAGCUUUUGGCCUCCAAAUACAAAACAAUGCCACAAUUGAGUAAUGAGGAAGAUACAUAAGCAGCCACAAGAAUUUAAAAAAUGUAAACUAUUUAUCCAGGUUAUGUACACCACUUUAUGUAAAGAUAAAGUACAAGUGACUCAGCUGUAUACUAAUCAUAAAAUCCCUUGUUGCUCAGAUAAACUGUGUGCAUAAAUAUAGCCAUCUGAAUUACUGCCCACUUUUCAUAUUUAGUUAAUAAAACCUUCCUGUUGUUGUGCCUAAUGAGGGCUAUUUGGUAUUGAUAGAAACAGCUGAUCAAUCAAAACAAUAGUCUGUAUGUAAAAGAUGGAUGUAGACCUCCAGUGUCAAAAGUGAAAACAAUAUUUAAGUGCCUUAAAGCUGCGUACUUUCUAACAGCCAGCAGGGGGCGACUCCUCUGGUUAUGUAAAAAAGUCUGAUUAUAUUGAAGUGUAUGAGAAAAUUUGCCUAAUACUCUUAUGAUUUGUGGCCUCAGUAAACAUUUCACUAACAAGUUUAUGGUCUUAGUCACUAGUUUCAAGUGUCUCUCAACACAGCAUGGCAUAAUUCCUUUAUUGUUAUCGUAAGGUGUAGAGUGAAAUAAAUCCCUAAUCCUUUGAAAAUAGAACAUAUAGAGAUCUAAUAGUAUGUACAAAUGUAGUCCAUGAAAACAGUGAUAAAGCUUAUUGUUGUAAGGAUCAGCAUGAUGUUCAUUUUGUAAAUUGUGGUUCCAUUUAGAGUAAAAUAGACAAUAAAGCAUUGUAUGUUGUGCAGAGGUGCUGCUUUCUGACUGACAGGUCACUACUGUAUCAUCAUGCAUCAUGUCCUCAUCAGUUGUUUCUUAAUUGGAGUUUGGUUAAGUUUAGGCACCAAAACCACUUGGCUGUGUUUAGGACAAGAUUUUGAUUUCAGUUAAAAUAAAACCUGUCAUUAUAUUUACCACAUUACGAAGGUCUGUUUUGAUAUUAUAGGUGUUAUACUCUGUUUAUCAAUGAUCAGAGCGGGUGAUGGUGAGUCUACUGAGCCUACCAGAAGCUAGAGGAGGUCCCUUCAGCCCCUUAUAUGUAGGAAUGAUGUGCAUUGAUAUUGGGGAAAUUAAUGGGCUAAUAACAGCAAAGUCAGGUCCGAAAAGUGACAGUUGUUGCUCUGUUGUCCUGACAUCACCAUGCCCCAAGAACUCAGCAAGUAACUUGAAGAAAAUAAUAUUUUUAUCACAAAUAUAACAAAUAUAUUUAUAACAAAUAAUUACGCCAAGUGUACAAGACCGAGGCUCACUUUCUAAUAAACUGAACUGAAAACUGCUACACUUACAUGAUCUCUACCAAGAAUCUUUCUGCUGUCUUUGAAAAGGUCUUAGUUGCACAGUGUACAGAGUAGGAUGUGCCCCGUGGGACACACUUAACUGAUUUUCUAAGUGUGGGCGGAAGGCUUCGUCCAUGCUCACAGAGCUUUCAGAUUUGUCCACAUUCCAGUGGCCGUGGCCUCAGCCGUCCCGCCAGGUCUCCAGUGUCUCUGUGUUGCCCUGACAUCAUGUAGGUCCUCCUGCAGGGGUCACACACCUCCUUAGGUUCCAGCUGCCUCCUGUGCUGCUGUAAUCUGUGUGUGUGUGACCUUUGAAGGACGAGUCCGAAAUCAGCUGCAUCUCGUACUCGAUUUAUUCAUCAGCAUUUCUCACAUGCAUGUUAAAUGCUCUUGUGCUGUAUCUACAUACAAGUGAGGUGGCUGGAUGGCAGCUGUGUGUAGGUGGUGUGUGUGCAUGUGCGUGUGUGUGUGUGUGUGUGUGUGUGUGUGUGUGUUAACACUGUGCUGUACCCGCUCUGCCUUAGAGGGAAGGUCUCCAAGGAAGGCGAGACACUCAUUCUAACGUGCGCCAUUUAUUUAUUUAUUUAUUCUCAGAUAAACUACCCAUACUGCUUCAUCGCUAUCGCCAUGGAAACACACCUAAACUCUCUGUAUCUCACUUUUCCUCCCGGGACAGCCUCUCGCUGUUCUGUUUUACUCUUCAUUUUCAGGCGUACUUACCAAAACCAUGAAUAAUUGACUGUGUACUGAACACUGAGUGUGGGAGAGUGGAGGAUCCUCCAGCAGCGCGACCCGUGGUUCAUUCUGUCUGAUGUUUUCACAAUAAAGUAACACUGAAACUCA